AUGGAGGUAGUGAGAAAGGUGAAAAAGUCAAAGAAGCGCCGCCACCGCAGUAAUGACGAUGACGACAAAAAAGACGAACCCCUGGAAGAAAUAGGGAAUUUGUACAGAGAAAACUGUGAAAACGACUUUGGCAGAAAAAGUGAGAUCGUUGUACAAGUGGACGCUUCAACUUCUUGUGACUUUGCGUCGGAAAAAGACGAGCAAAUAAAGAAUCUGAGCGAAAAACUUCAGCAAGUAACGAGCAAACUCUACGAAUCCAAGAACGCGUACACGUCAUUGAAGCAGGAGUUGAACAGAACACAAAAGUUGUUGUGCAGCGAAGUCGGAGAAAACGUGACAGCGUCAGAGUUGUCGAGCCGGCAGGGAUGGCGCGGCAGGUCGGAGCAGAUUCAUCAGUUGCAGCAAAAAGUAUCGGAACUCCAGCUGAAGAUCUCCGAAAGCGACAGCCUCGGAAGGAAGUCCCUAGAUCGGAGAAGCUCUUCGAGCGCCCGAAUCUUCGACAGAGAGAGAAGGCAACAGAUGGAAAAUUUGAGCCAAGACCUGAAAAGGACCGAAAGCAGCCUCGAAAGCACGAAAAGGAAACUCGAGGCUGCCAAGGCUAGGAUCGCCGUAUUGGAAAACGAAGCGAACCGAUCGAAAAGGACCAUCGGCCUCUUGAACGAAAAGACCACCAAUGACAAACAAAUCAUCGAUGCCUUGAACGAACAACUAAAGUCAACCGAGGCGAAGUCUCAGGACAGGGAGACGGAGAUGAGGCGGCAGAGCGAGAAACUCGAGCGAGAAAUGGUACUUUUGAGAAGCGAAAUCGAGGCCAUGGGGAUGCACGCGAAAAACUUCAAGCGGCAAAUCGACGAGAGGGAGCGGGAAAUCGAACUCCUGAGGUGCAGGAACGAGAUCAUCGUGGACCGGCUGAACAUCCCCGGCACGCCGAGCACUCUACCUGACGACUCUCCGAGGAGCAGCGUGAGGGACGCCAACGAGUGCAUCGCCAUCGGGAUGGCCGCCGAGGCCGAAAAGGACCGGCUCUUGGAGCUGAUAACUGUACUGAAUCGCCGACUGGACAAGGAGAGAUACGACCACGAACAGUUGACGGAGUCGUUGAAGAGGGAGCGGGGUCGGGCGGCCAAGCUCGAGUCGAGGCUGCAGAAGGUGGAGCUGGAGCGCGUGGGCCAGCCAAGGGUGAACACUGGCACCUACCGGUCGAGGGCAAAAGUCGUUACGAUCGACGAGUCCAACGAUCCGGAGGAGGCGCGGCUGAGGCUCGAGCUGCUCGAGGAGGAGUGCCUCGCUCUGAAGACGCGGCUCGCGACUCUGCGGAAGGAGAAGAGCUCGGACCUCGCGGUGUUCCGGAAAACGCUCGACCAGACGAGGAAAAUCUUGAAGGACGCGUACAGGGGGAAAGUGCCGACCAUGGGGUGUCAUUCCAGCGUGACCGUUUGA